CUCUCUCUCUCUUCCCCCACCUCUAUAUCAAAUGCAGAAGAGCAGGAGCGACUGAGCGUGAGUGAGAGAGAGAGAGAGAGUGAUUGAUUGACUUUUUAGUGCAGUGUGGUGUUGUUGACUAAGGGGUUGACUCGCGGUGGACGUCGGCGGAGGAGACGCUGCUCCGUCUUCUUUCCUGGGGCACUUUCCUUUUCUACUACACUCUGUGUCGCCGCAGAGACAGACCCUUCUUGCUUCCCUGCUCGGCGAGCUCUCAGAGUACGGCAAACUUCAUGCUUGGAGUUGAAUGUUGCAUGUGCUUUUCAAAGGCCCUUGGCUGGCAUUCUUCUGUCAUUCCUGGUGAUGCCCUUGAUAUGGUGUAACAGAGUGCUAUAAAGUUUGCAUCAGUUAAAUGGGUAAGACUAUAAAUGUACACGGAUUCCCUUCAUUAGUGACUGUAGAUACAGUCAGGGGAUGCCUGGAGCAAAGGACUGGCAGAGGUACUAUUUAUGCCAUCAAAGUUAGACAGGAUAAACGUGGGGUUCGAUCAUAUGCGAUUGUCCAAUUUAUGAACGCUGAACAUGCAGAGUUGAUUAUUUUACUUGCUAGUCGAAAAGAUUUGUGGUAUGGGCGAUCUUAUCUAACUGCUCGCAGGGUUGAGCAUGAUAUUGUACAAAGGCCAAGAACCCUUUUGCAUUCAAUGGAAGGUAUCACUUUGCAUUUUGGCUGUCAGGUAUCAAGUAAAAGGUUCUCUACUCUGUGGAAAGGGGUGAAUGUCUCCCUAAAUUUUGGGAUUGGGAUGAGAAAAUUCUGCUUCCUUUUAUCUUAUUACAAUACGGAGUAUAAGCUCGAGUUAUCCUAUGAAAAUAUUUGGCAGAUCGAGCUACAUCGUGCAAGAGGCCAUAAAACAAUGUAUCUUGUGAUUCAGCUGUACGGGGCUCCCUAUAUUCGUAAAAAAGUUGUUCAGGAUUCAGUGGAUGUUUUGGUCAGUUAUCUCUACAAUUUUUUCAAAGAUGGCUCUGAUGACCAGUGGGUGAGAGCAAUUGAUUUUACUCCCUCAGCUUGCAUUGGACAGUCUUCUGCUGUAUGUUUAGAAAUUCCUUGUGAAUAUCCACUUCCAAAUUUUCAUGAGAACUUUGUCAAUUAUAAGGAAACCGAUGGAACGUUUUCUAUGGAAAAUGGUUCUCCUUUCUCCUGCAGUGCGGAUCUAGUUCCAAUCGUAGGCCCUCCCAGAGGAGUUGACUUGCCUUAUGAGAUCAUCUUUAAGAUAAAUUUGUUAGUUCAGAAUGGCUGUCUAGCUGGACCUUCUCUUGAUUUGUCCUUUUAUCAAAUGGUUGAUCCAUGGAGGAUGGACAUGGACAUAAUCCUAGAUGCCUUGGACAAGCUGUUCCAUUUGAAAGAAUGUUGUUAUGAGCCUUCACAGUGGCUGAUUAAGCAGUACAAGAAAUAUCUCACCUCCCGGCAUUCUACGAAACAGUCUUCAAUAUCGUUAGAUGCUGGCUUGGUUUAUGUACAUAGGGUGCAAAUAACACCAUGUAGGGUGUAUUUUUUUGGUCCAGAAAUUAAUGUCUCAAAUCAUGUAUUGCGGAGUUAUUCUGAGUACAUUGACAAUUUUAUCCGUAUUUCUUUUGUGGAUGAGGACCUGGAUAAAAUGUAUUCAACUGAUUUAUCUCCUCGCACUGCUUCGGGACAUGGGAGAACGGAUAUAUAUGAAAGGAUCCUUUCUAUUCUCAAGAAUGGCAUAAAAAUAGGUGAUAAGCAUUUUGAAUUUCUUGCCUUCUCAUCCAGUCAGUUACGCGAAAAUUCUGCUUGGAUGUUUGCUCCAACAGAUGGUACAACUGCUGCAACUAUUAGGGCAGAUAGGGGUAAAUUCAGUGCAAUAAGAAAUGUGGCAAAAUAUGCCGCGAGACUUGGCCAAUCCUUGAGUUCAUCUACCGAAACUCUCAAUGUAGGUGAAGAUGAAGUUGAACUCAUUCCGGAUAUUGAAGUCAAGUCACUUGUUGAGGAUAUGAAUUAUAUCUUUUCUGAUGGAAUUGGGAAGAUAUCUGGAGAGUUCGCUCGGAAAGUUGCAAGAAAAUGUGGCUUCAAGGGCUAUACUCCUUCCGCGUUUCAAAUUCGCUAUGCUGGAUAUAAAGGUGUUGUAGCGGUUGAUCCAACGUCAUGUGUUAAACUAUCACUCAGAAAGAGCAUGUUAAAGUAUGAAUCAGAUGAGACAAAGCUAAAUGUCUUGGGAUGGAGCAAAUAUCAGCCUUGCUUUCUUAAUCGCCAGUUGAUCACUCUUCUAUCAACACUUGGCGUUCGAGAUCACGUGUUCGAGAAAAAACAAAAUGCUGUAGAUCAGCUAAAUGCCAUUUUAGUUGAUCCCCUACGAGCACAAGAGGCUCUAGAUUUAAUGUCCCCGGGGGAGAAUGGUAACAUUCUCAAAGAAAUGCUAAAGUGUGGUUAUAAGCCUGAUGCUGAGCCUUUUCUAUCGAUGAUGCUGCGAACAUUCAGAGCAACAAAAUUGUCUGAAUUGCGGACAAAAACGAGGAUAUUUCUUCCUGAAGGAAGAUCAAUGAUGGGAUGCCUUGACGAAACCCAAAGUUUGGAAUAUGGCCAGGUGUUUGUGCAGUAUUCCGGUAGAAGAAAACAACAGAUGUGGGAUGAGUCAAUUGUGUUCAUUGGUACUGACUCAGAUCAAAGCUUUGUUGUACAGGGAAAAGUAGUUGUUGCCAAGAAUCCUUGCUUACAUCCAGGUGAUGUGCGUGUUCUAACUGCUAUAGAUGUGCCAGCUUUACAUCAUAUGGUGGAUUGUGUUGUUUUUCCACAGAAGGGAAAAAGGCCUCAUCCAAAUGAGUGUUCAGGGAGUGAUUUGGACGGAGAUAUCUACUUUGUCUCCUGGGACUCAGAAUUAAUUCCGCAUCACCAGAGACAACCUAUGGAUUACACGCCUGCCCCAAGUGAGAGGUUAGAUCAUGAUGUCACAAUUGAGGAAGUGGAGGAGUACUUUGUAAAUUACAUACUUAAUGACAGCCUUGGAAUUAUUGCCAAUGCCCACACCGUCUUUGCAGAUAGUCAGCCUGAAAAGGCCAUGCCUGAAUGUUUAGACCUUGCCAGACUUUUCUCUAUUGCGGUUGACUUCCCAAAAACUGGUGUACCUGCUGUGAUACCUCCUAAUCUGUAUGUCAAGGAAUACCCAGACUUCAUGGAGAAGCUUGACAAGUCCAGCUACCCAUCCAAUAACGUGAUUGGAAAGCUUUUCCGGGAAGUCAAAGAGGAAGCAUAUGCAUCAAGCUCUAUUCGGAAGUUCACACUGGAAAUGGCGAGGCAAUCUUAUGACCCAGAGAUGGAAGUGGACGGAUUUGAGGAUUAUGUCGAUGACGCUUUCUAUCACAAGGGUAAUUAUGAUUACAAGCUGGGGAAUCUGAUGGAGUAUUAUGGGAUUGACACAGAGGCUGAAAUACUUAGUGGCUGCAUAAUAAAAAUGUCCAAAUCUUUCACCAAGAGGAGGGACGCUGAAUCCAUCACUAUGGCAGUAAAAUCCCUGAGAAAGGAAGCUCGGACCUGGUUUAAUGAUAAGGGAAGUGGUUCGUAUUCUGAGCCCGUUGAUGAAUAUGCAAAAGCAUCUGCGUGGUAUCAUGUCACGUAUCAUCCGGAGUAUUGGGGUUGCUACAACGAGGGUUUAAAACGAGAUCAUUAUCUUAGCUUUCCUUGGUGUGUAUAUGAUAAACUAAUCCAAAUUAAGAAGGAAAAACGAGGUAGGAUGACUGCUCGUAAGUCCACUCUUGAAGACUACUUCACCCGAUUGCGUCUGAAUUGAGAAAGCCAACUUGGAUAUUUUCUCAGUUGAAGAAACCGAAGUUGUUGUAUUUGGGUCUUCUGCAAAUGUGUAGGCAACGGUACUCCUAAAUUCCUGCUGUUUGUGUAGCGAAGCUUAAAUAACAUUCUGACUGCUAUUUGUGUGUGCAUUACAUCUUUUUGUACAUAAUGGUAAUGUCAAACGGCUGUUCACUGUCUAUAGUCUUUCUGAAUUGGAAUUUCCGUAUCGCGAUAAA